CCCAAAUAAACAAACAGCCCAAAACGAGAGAGAAAUCGUCGAGCUCAACGAGACUGCAAAAAUGGAGGAGGAGAAAGCCGCGGCGUACUACGACGAGUUAACUCGGCGAGGCGAAGGAGCCGCCAGAUUCAAACAAGGCUUGGGCUUUUCAGCCACACCAUCGAGUACUGGCAAUGUCCCCGCAAGAGGCUCUGCGCUCCCUUCUUCUUCCUCGGCGUCUUUCCUCAGCAACUUUGUCAAGGCCUCCAGCCCAACCAAGACUAGGGAGCUUCAGAAACAAGCUCAAUUGGAAUCCAUACAGAACAAGCUCACAAAGAAGAAGGAUAAGCUUAGUCCGACACGAGAUUCAGAACAAGAACGACACCAGCCUAGGGUUUCUCGGAAAGACGAAAGGAGUACCAGCAGGCAGAGUAGGAGCCGUGAUCGGGAUCGGGAUCGGGAUCGGGAUCGUCAUUCGAGGUGGCGGAGUAGGGGCAGAGAUAGGUAUAGGGAUGGGGAUAGAGAUAGAGAUAGACGUAGGAGGAGGAAGAGGAGUCGGAAUCGGAGCUUCUCGCCUCGGAGCCGGACAGUUGAGAGAAGGAGUCGGAGCCCUUCACCACGAGAGCGGAGGUCGAAGAAGGAACACGGUAACGAUGGAAAUGUAGAGGGACAACUGAGUAAAGCCCGAAAGGAAAAGAAUGUGGACUAUUCGAAGUUGAUUGAAGGCUAUGAUUUGAUGUCACCAGCUGAAAGAGUCAAAGCAAAGAUGAAGCUUCAACUAGCUGAGACUGCUGAAAAGGAUGCAACAAAAGGCAUGGGAUCAGGUUGGGAAAGGUUUGAGUUCAACAAGGAUGCACCCCUUGAUGAUGAGGAAGAAGUUGAAGCUGCAGAGGAUGAUAAAGCAUUAGUGAAGCACAUUGGCCAAAGCUUUCGAUUCUCUGCAGUCAAGUCAAAAAAGGAAGAAAAAAUCAGAGCUGCUCAUGAUGAGGCCAUGUUUGGUGCACCAGUUAUCCCUUCAAGUGAUGGUAAAGCUGCUGCUGAAGCUGAGAUUGAGAUUGAGACCAAUAAAAAAGAGUUGAAUGAAAAUGAUCUUGCUGCAAAUCUUUUAAGCGAGAAGGUUCUUGCAAAACAACAAGGUUCUUGGCGUGAUCGUGCUCGCGGGCAAAGGAGCUGAGAUGAACAAAAUUCGCUGCCUUCAACAUGCAAGGCAGGUUUGAACCCUUGUCAAAGAGUUUGAACUUUGAAGUGGACAGCACCAUAUUAGAUUCUGAUACCACUGAUGGAAUUCCGAAAUGGCAAUUUGACACCGGAUUUCUCGCCUGUGACUUUGGAUGCUAACCAUAGAUAAUAAACUUUACUGACAGAAUGAAGCUUCAGGCAAAACGGUAAAUUUAGCAUAAAGAACUAUUAACACUUCGUGGUUUCUUCUUAAUGUCCCCUGUGUUUUCAGCUAAAAGCAUCCCUGAGAAUCCACACUUAACAUUCGAAUUCUCGGAAAAACGGUUUCGAUUCUUUGUUGCCUCUUCACAGACAGUUUCCAGCACGUGUUCAAUAGAUAGCUAAGCAAGCUAAGAAAUGUAGUACCCGUAUAGAAACAUUGUACAUGUUAGAUCAUCUGUGAUAAAUUUGGCUCAAAAUAUAUAUUAAUGAUAUAUUUGGUA